CCUUUCCCCCCUCCCCCCUCCCGCGUCCCGGCCCGGCUCCUCGAGGGCUCCCGGAGCUGCCGCUACAGCUUGAGUUGAUGUCUUCGAGAGAACUGGAAUAGCUGCAGAAUAUGGGUAGUUCCCCAAGAAGAGUUCUUUACCUAUGGCACAAGCAUCAAAAUAAAGAACCUUUCAGGUGAAGUUGUGAUUUUCUUUUUAAUUUGAGUAGAAGCAAUUUAUUUUUAAAAAGUAUGGCUCCUUUGAAGAUACAUGGUCCUAUCCGAGUACGGAGCAUUCAGACGGGGAUUACAAAGUGGAAAGAAGGAUCCUUUGAAAUUGUGGAGAAAGAAAAUAAAGUCAGCCUAGUGGUUCACUAUAAUGCUGGAGGAAUUCCAAGGACAUUUCAGCUAAGUCACAAUAUAAAGAAUGUGGUUCUUCGACCUAAUGGAGCAAAACAAAGUCGCCUGAUUCUUACCCUGCAGGAUAACAGCUAUUUGUCCAUUGACAAAGUACCAUGUAAAGAUGCGGAUGAAAUGAGGCUGUUUCUGGAUGCAGUCCAUCAAAACAGACUUCAUACAGCCAUGAAACCUUCCCAGGGGUCUGGUAGCUUUGGCGGAGUUCUCGGGAGCAGGACUACACAGAAGGAAGUCAACAGGCAGUUCUCUUACAUAGAAAAUCAGACUUCUUCAAAAAAAGCAAGUUUGGAAUCCAAAGAUGAUACUACAUUUCGAAAAGUUCUUGGUAAUCCAGGCAGAGUACCCACGAAGACCCCAACAGGAAAUAUAAUGACUGGGAGCCGCAUAAAUACCCCUCUGACUUCUACUCCAUCAACACCUUUAAGAACAGGAUUAUUAGAACAUCGGAAUGAAAAGAGAAAAAGAUUGCUGUCGACAGGGUCAGAGAUGAAUGAAGAUUACCCUAAGGAAAAUGAUUCAUCAUCGAACAAUAAAGCUAUGGCAGAUCCUUCAAGGAAGUAUUUAAACAGCAGUAGAGAGAAACAGCUAAGCUUGAAACAGGCAGAGGAGAACAGAACAUCAGGACUUUUGCCCCUACAAUCAUCAUCCUUUUAUGGUAGUAGAGCAGUAUCAAAAGAUUACUCUCCUGGAAAUUCAAAUCUAGACAGGACUAGUGUUUCAAGCCAGACUCCCUCUGCCAAAAGGAGUUUGGGGUUUCUUUCUCAGCCAGCCCCUCUCUCUGUAAAAAAACUAAGGUCUAACCAGGAUUAUACUGGAUGGAAUAAACCAAGAGUGCCCCUUUCUACUCAUUCACAGCAACAAUUACAAGGGUUUUCAAAUUUGGGAAAUACUUGCUAUAUGAAUGCCAUUUUACAGUCCCUAUUUUCACUUCAGUCAUUUGCUAAUGAUUUACUCAAGCAAGGUAUCCCAUGGAAAAAAGUACCACUGAAUGCACUUAUCAGACGCUUUGCCCACCUUCUUGCUAAAAAAGAUGUCUGUAAUUCAGAAACAAAGAAAGAUUUGCUCAAGAAGGUAAAAAAUGCCAUUUCAGCUACUGCAGAGAGAUUCUCUGGCUAUAUGCAAAAUGAUGCACAUGAAUUUUUAAGUCAGUGUUUGGAUCAGCUAAAGGAGGACAUGGAAAAGUUAAAUAAAACUUGGAAGACUGAGCCUGUAUCUGGGGAAGAGAAUUCUCCAGGACGGACUUCAGAUGAUAUUGCAGCUACUAGGAUAUACACAUGUCCUGUUAUUAGUAACUUGGAGUUUGAGGUCCAGCAUUCUAUCAUAUGUAAAGUUACUCGGCCAUUGAAAGCAUCCCAAAUGGUGAAUUCCUGCACCAUUAGCACUUCUACGCCUUCAAGGAAAUAUACUUUCAAAUCUAAGAGCUCCAUAGGAUUCUCCAUUGAUUCAGACAGUGAGGAUGAACUGCUAAAACGUUCUGUGGCCCUCAGCCAGAGACUUUUUGACAUGCCAGGCAGGGAGCAACAGGAAGAACUGGAAAAGGUUUCAAAAAGAUGCAAAAUGGAAUCAGAUAAAUCAGAAUUGGGAAACUCAGGAUUUGAUGGAAUGAGUGAAGAUGAACUUCUGGCAGCUGUCUUGGAGAUAAGUAAGAGAGAAGCCUCUCUGUCUUUGACGAAUGAAGAUGAUGAUAAGCCUACCAGCAGUCCAGAUACGGGGUUUGCAGAGGAUGAUAUGCAAGAUAUGCCUGAAAAUCUGGAAUCUCUGGAGGCAGAAAAAUCAAAAGCCCCAAUAGAAGCUGGUCCUGCCAGUUUCACUGAGAUCGCGAAAGAUUUUGAUGAGAAUAAGGAAAACAAAACUCCGGAAGGGUCUCAGGGGGACAUUGACUGGCUCCAACAGUAUGACAUGGAGCGAGAGAGGGAGGAAGAAGAACUCCAGCAGGCCCUUGCUCAGAGUCUCCAGGAGCAGGAGGCCCGAGAACAGAAAGAAGAUGAUGACCUCAAAAGAGCCACAGAGUUAAGUCUUCAAGAAUUUAACAGUUCCUUUCUGGAUGGAAUGGGCUCUGAUGACGACUCUGGGAAUGAAGAUGUUUUUGAUAUGGAGUACACAGAAGCUGAAGCAGAGGAGUUGAAGAGAAAUGCAGAGACAGGAAAUCUUCCCCAUUCUUAUCGGCUCAUCAGUGUUGUCAGCCAUAUUGGAAGCACAUCAUCUUCAGGUCAUUAUAUUAGUGAUGUGUACGACAUUAAGAAGCAGGCCUGGUUUACUUACAAUGACUUGGAGGUGUCUAAAAUCCAAGAGUCCUCUGUUCAGAGUGACAGAGACCGGAGUGGUUACAUCUUCUUUUAUAUGCACAAAGAUAUCUUUGAUGAGCUGCUGGAAACAGAAAAGGCCUCCCAGUUGCUUAGCGUGGAGGCUGGUCGGCCCACCCGGCCGGCACUGUGAGGAGCCCACUCCUGGGCAGGCAGGCGUCUGUGCGUGCACACGGCAGUUUCUCUCAUUUUCAUGUUCUUUCCACCUGAGAAUUCAGAACUUGGAACGUCACAGGAGUAACAAACAGCUCAGGGCCAAACCAAAACCUAGAACCCUUCAAGCCAGAGAAGUUCUCCAUGCAUGGAAAUCCUUGAACCUUACACCUGUAGCUGAUCAGCCUUCUCUCCAAGAACAGAGUGGAGCUUUCUGUAGUUCUAAAAACUGAAACACACACCCAUACAUACACACACACACACACACACACACACUCUCACACUCACAUACCUAUACACACUCACACUCUGACAUGUACGCUUGUUUGUACAUUUGUGUUUGUAUAUAUUGGACAGAAUGGAGCCUUAAAGAGUUGGAAUGAGCCACGAAGACUUUGUUUGCUCGAAAUUCGUAGCACAGUUGGUGUGGAGAAGAAAUGGAAAAAAGUGACAGGGGGAUUUUCAAGUUCAUUCAACUGGGAAACGGGUGAAGAAACCACCUGUAUCACUUGCCAUUUGUGUAUUUUCAUGUCCUUCAAGAGCAAUUUGAGCAAUAGUUUAUAACUUUGAGUGUACAUUUCAUUAGUAAAGUUCACUGGAACCCCAGCUCUCCACAAACACUAGUGAUAGUUCUUCCAGCUAAGGGGAAUGUUUCUGUCAUUUGAGAUGAGGCAUGUUUUGGUUAUUUAAUUAUCAUUUCAUAGGUUUGUAACUCCUCUACAGUUUACAUACAGUUCUAGGAAAUGAAAUGUUGGUGCUGAGGAAUGUGUUGUAACAUUUUCAUCAUCCUUCACAGUUUUUGCUCAUUGUAUGCCUUGUGUGUUUAAAAAAAAAAAAGGUUUUAAUUCACACAGUGUAUUCCUUUAUUCAGUCAGCAUCUGUUCUUGUUACUGACUUUUUUUCAUUUAUUCCAGUGUUGUGCCCGUUUGAGAAUAGACACCAACUGUUGCAGGCUGCUUCUGGAGUUAGCCAAAGCAAUAUAUAAAAGUUGGGCAAAAAUGUUAUCCCAAAUGGGACCCAUUGACAGAUGUUCUUUGAAAGGUUCCCAGAUAUCAAAAAGUGAUUCUUUACCCUGGACCACUCACCCUACCCCAAAUGUAAAACUGAGUGUGCAUUGGGAGCUGUAGGUCAGGGCUUAAACAUUUAAAACCAUGUCCUCUCUGGAUGCAUUCCUAAGCAGAAUGAAUUAAUCUAAAGUGAGGAUGAUUUGGGUGAAUCCCAAGAACUGUAAAGAAAUUCAGUGAAUUGACCUUAUUUGUUAUGUGCUUAAGGUGAGAAUAAAUAUGGUUGAAAAACUAAUACAUUUCAGUAAUUGCUCAAAUGACAUAAAACAGAUUGGUUAAGCAGCUUGGGAAACCAUAUGAAGGAUGAAUUUAUUGUAGGUAAAAUUCUGUAAAAACUAAUUUUGAGAGCUUAGCUUCAUCAUUAGGUUCCCAUGAAGCAUCUCAUUCCUUUAUUACAAAGAAAUGUGUUAAGAACUAUGGACUCUGAAUUUGGGCCGGAACUACAGUUUUAUUAUUUUAUCAAACAUAGAGAGUUCUUUUUGUUUUUUUAAACUACUUUCUCAUAUUGGUGUCAGGGCUGGUUAUCAUAAGUCUCUUGAGAGGGGGAGCCAGGCAGGGGAGAACCAUGAAUUUUUUUUAAACCACUGUUCAUAAACAUAAACCAAAUUAUUGGUGUUGGAAGGCUGGCUGUCUUUUCCUUUGAAGAGCCUCCAGCAUUGCAGGCACAACUUUGUUCUGUAAUCUGUUCUGUAAGCGUAGCCUCUUCUUACAUGGGUUGUUUUGUAUUGUGACUUAACCACAAACGGGAAAUGCUUUUGACCCCUUCCCUAUACCACAUGCACUACUGUAUCAUAAAUUAUCAAGUUUGUAUCAUUGGCAAGAGAAAUCUAAGGGAAAAGCUUAUUUUAAUACAGGUUUUGUUUUGCAACAUUUCCAAAAAGAAAAUCCUUUUUAAAAAAAAAUCAUAAAUCUUUUUUAAAAAAAAGUAAAAAAAAAGUCAUAGAAUAAAUGAGUUAACUGAUUAUAGCUUUCCUCCACUCUCCUUCCCCAUCCCCAGUCUUCUUACUUGAGGGCAACAUUAAAAGUAAAGGUGAAUGACUUUGAAGACAAUUCAGAAGGGAGCAGUUACAUUUGGGGUCAGUCAGUCGGGAAGGUGAGAACAGAAGGAAGCUCUGUAGAUGGGCUCCUGAAAAGUUAGCCCAAAUUGAGUUAAUGUCAUUGGAAGCAUGAUUUAAUGGGGUCUUCUUCCUCACUCUUAGUAUGUUGGGGCUCUAGCUUUCAUAUUAAGAAUAGGUCACCAGGUCAGAAGGGCUGUUUUACUGCUGUUGGAGCUUCAGUUCUCGCGGAUAUGUCCAUUUAAGUGGCUUCAUCAAUUCUUUCCUUGUUUCACCCUCCCAACACAGAGUCCCUUCUCAUUCUAGGUCAAUGUGGAGUUCCUGGAAUUUCAUCUUGAUUGUGUUGAUAGAGAUGGUAGCAGGGGAGGGAUUAUUCCUGGUUGAAGUGGCUUUAUAGAUUUGAAAAGUUAUAUAUAUAGGUGUGUAUAUAUAUAUAAUAUAUAUUUUAUUAUUUGCACAGCACGGCCAGUUCAUAAUCAUAGUGUGAGCAUGUGAUGAGUGGAGGGAGAAGGGGUCCUGUUAUUCUGUAGAAAAACAGAUUUCUACUGCAAAUCUUAAGCAUUUUGUGGCCAUCAGUUAUAUAUAGCAUUGGAACUUAGCAGCACUUAGUUCUGCACACAACCAGUAUGAUGUGUUUGGAAAUUUUUUUUUAAAGGAAAACCAAACCAAAUAAAAUCUGUAUUGGUUCGUUAUCA